UUCUUUAUUGCUAUGGAUGACUUGUUAUAUCAACUAGGAAAUACUUUGUUCCAGGAAUAUCAAUGGAAUCAAACAAACAAUUUUUCUCUUAAUAACCGACACUCUCAACUUUCUAUAAGCAAGUUAGCUAUAAGGAACUGCGUGCAGAAGACCACAAGAAAACAAGAUUGUCCUCUCAUAGAGAAACAAGCUGAUACAUUAUUGCACAACCCUUUUCAAGAAGCGAGCUUGUUGAAUCCUUCAUUGAAAACCAUUCAGCGAAAAACAAAAAAUGAGGACUUUACAUGUUUUUUGGAUAAACCCAUUGCGGUUGGUAUCGAAAUUUUUCAAAUGAUAUUGGAUUGGAUGGGAAUUCCUUGUUUUGAGAAUGCAGAAUCUAAUCAUAUCAAGUGGUCAACUUGGUUGGAAAAUAUUUUGGAGGAAACAUAUGAAGCUUAUCAGUUACUAGUACAACAUUUUUACAUUACUUGGAAAUUGCAAUAUCGUCAUCAAUAUGGCUUGGACCUUAUCAAAUCUCAUCCCUUUGAGUUGGAAGAAAUAUCUUCAAAACUCUAUGGAAAAGAGAAAAUGAUAUCUUUGCAGACUUUUUCGAAAUGGAAAAAUGAUAAUAAGCAAUCAACGGACUCAGUGUCCCAUAAAAAUUUUGUACAUUUCUACAACAUUGAAUAUACUGAUCCAUUGGAUGAUUUUCUUGACAUUGCUGGUAAUGAAACUCAAGAUAGAAUUCGACAAAAGUAUCAUCCAGAGGAGGAAGAAACAGAGAAAACUGUAAAUAAUUUUAUACAACAGAAGACUGAUCCAAUAUUUCGUUUAAAUAUUCCCAAAAAUAUUUCUAUUUCUGCUGCUUUUAUGUCGCUGAUUCAACAGUUGAUGGGUUGCAAGUCAUUUGUAUUACUGCCACCUCCAUUGGAAAUACUUUUCAUGGGAGUAGUUAUGGUUUAUCAUUAUUUGACAUUAGCGACUUACAAAGGACAAAAAUGUCUUUGGAUUGCACAAGAUGAAUAUCCUUUUGUUGCUGCCUUAUUGGAAGACUGCAUCGGACCUCAACUGGUUUUCGAUCUAUCCUCGGAUAAAAGUUGUUGCUAUUUAUGUCAUGUCCAUCAUUUAUCGGAAAUACCAAGAGACGAAGAGUUUUCAUUUGUUGUAUACACUGUUCAAUCUUUUACUUUUGAAACAGAGAGUUUGAAUGAGAAGAUGUAUUGGGAGUUUUGUUCUCCUUUUAUAGAAACUUGUGAUGCUUGUCUCAUUGAUCCUCUAUCGACGAAUAUAGGGACUGUAGAUAUUGAUUCAGUUGUUUCCAUGCUGAACCAUUCAAGUUCGAAUAUGCGUAUCGUAGAUGUACAAGAUACACAGUUAGACAAUUUGCUAAACCAUCUUCGUCAAACAUGGAUAGCUUUUCAACCAUCUGGAUAUCAAAUAGAAGGAUUGAAAAUGAUUGAAGAACAUGCAUAUACAUACAUUCAACAACUCCAAGAUAGUUGCAAUUUAAGCAUACCUUGUAAUGUAAGCUUGGUUGAUUUAAGUGCAACUAGUAUUGAGAACACUUUGUACAAAGCUAGACAUCAUGUUCAGGGACAUUUUCAAACUCUUCAAGCUCAUAAGCCUCAGAAGAGUUAUCAUCAUGAUUCGCAUUUAUCAUAUCAAACAACAUCGAAUGAUACUUUUCUAUCAGAUAUUCAAUGUCUCAUAGCACUUCAUACUUUAAGAACUGCGUAUGAUUAUGCUCAACAUGAUGGAUUAUUUGGAGCAUCCAAAUAUUUGGAAACAGCAAAAAACCGCUAUGGUUCUAUGUUACCUUGUAUGAGAGCCUUACAAGAUAUUUUGGAGGACUUGGGACAAGUAGAUAAGCUGCUACAUCCCAAGACGGAUUUGAUUAUUCAGAUAUCGAAGCAAUUGAAACAGACCUAUGAACAACAUCGAAAAUGUUUACCCAACUUUCGAAACAUUCCUUUUCGCAUUUUGAUAAUAACGCAGACUCGUUAUACAACUUGUAUAUUAAAACGAGACCUUUACAAUAGAGGAUUGAAGAACAGCAAAUCAGGAAUAGACAUUAUGGAAAGAAGCAGUUUGCUAAGACAACAAGAUAUUCGUCGAUAUUAUGCCAUUUUGGAUAUUUCCAUAUUGGAAUGGAAACCUAUCAAUUCCAUAUGCUUUCAUGAAGCUUUAUCUCAUUGGCCAAUUUGUAUAGCAAAGCAAUUGUAUGAAUGGAUUAUGUCACAAGUUGUUCAAUAUCGAUGCAUCGUUUUGGAUCGAUUCAACUGUAUUCAGGACUCUCAUUUGAAAUGGAGGACAUAUGAUCAUUUGUAUCAGACCAUUUUAUCUCGUUUGACUUGUAAGAAAACUUUCAAUCCUAUUCCUAAUGAAGAUUGUCAAUAUGGUAUAUAUGGUAUAACACUUGGAACUGUAGAAUUGAAUCAAGGAUUGAAUGUAUUAUUAUCUCAUUGCAUGGAAAUGUAUCCUCACCUAAAUACUAUUUUUCUAUGUUGCCUAGCAACUCAACCACAAAAUGAUAGAAAACAUAUGAUUCAUUUAUCAACUCGUAUCCAAAUGAAUCCUCACUUUCGGCGUACCUUUUCUGUCAAGUUUUUCUUCCACAACAAAGAUUAUGAAAGAUGGUUAAAGAGUCUUACAGCUAGAAAUAAGAAAUAUAAGAUAUUGAGAGAUUGGUGACCAAGACAAACAAACCAAGUUGCAAUGGAAGGCAACCAUUUGAAAAGGUAAAU